ACUAUUGUACUGUACAUUACUAUGAAACCAGUGACGUAAACAGGAAGUGCGUCACAGGAAGUAGGCGCAACCACAGGGAAUUCAAAUAUAAAUAGGAACAUAUAUUAUUAUUUAUUUAAAUACAUAAAUAGACUAUAUCUUAAUGUAUGAGGAAUUUGUUUAAUGUUUUAAGUUUUUUAGAAGAUGAAUGAUAGAAACUGAGAUGACCGUUUAUGAGUUAAGAGCGCGAGCUGCGGUUACCAAUGGCGACGCGGACGCGCUGGUCCUGCUGACUAGCAUGAGUGUGUAAAGCUGCUCUGAUUUAAUCUUUCCCUCUCUGUGUCUGUAUGUGUGUAUAUCAUGACGUCCAAACAGAAGAAAGGCCUGAGAGGCUCGAUUGAUGAUGUAUUAGGAGACCUGCUGGGAGACGAUGCAGAUGAUCUCCACUCAAAGGCCAGGUCUCCUUCUGGUGGACUCAGAAAACCAGCAGGUGUCUUACGAACACAAAGCGGAAAGAGGAACCUGCUAGACGAUGAUUUCUUCAGCAAGCUGGCCGAGGAGGCGGAGAAAGAUGCCGAGGACUCUGAUGUAUCUGAGGCGGAUCCGAAGGCUUUGUUAGAGAGUAUGAAGGACAUGGAUGAUAUGGAGGCUGACUUGUUUGGAUCGAAGAAGAAGCCCAGCUCAGCUCCUGCACAGAGCAGAACCUCCAGAGCUGAAAUGUCUAAACCAGGAGACAAGAACAAAACCAAUCAAGCAGCGGAGAUCGAGGACAGGAAGCCCAGCUCUGCUCCUGCUGCUCCUUCUGUCAGGAGCUACAGGAAGUUCAGCUUCAUGGAUGAUGAUAAAGAGGAUGAUGAUGGUGAUGAUGAUGAAAUUCCAGCUGCUAAACAAGAUGACCUGGAUGAUCCUCUGGAUGAUCUGCUGAUUGACCUGGACGAGGAACAACCAAAAAACAUUCCAUCAGGAAAAGCAGGAAAACAGCAGUCAUCCUCCCCGGCUGUACAAAAGAAAGAGGAACAAGCUGCAUCUGUACCUACACCUAAGAAACGCAAUGAGUUGAACUUUGACAAUGAUGGAGACGAUCUGAUGGACGCAUUGGGGUUCAGUGACGCACCAAAAAGAGGAGAAAGAGGAAGUGGACUCGUCCCCAAAAAAGAGAGGUACAGUGACACUCCUCAAAGAGCACGCACCAGACUGGACGAGAUUUUGGGGAUUGGGACAUCUCCUCGCCUCCUGGAAAGACCUGUGACUGGAGAGAAAAAAGACAUAACACCUACAGAGAGACAGCCACAGAAGAGCUCGGCAGGCAAAGACUCUGCAUUUGGAGAUGAAGACUUAACAUUCGGCUCAUAUCAGCCCACGCUGGGCUCGACUCCAGAGGGACGUACCUCUCGCAGACACUCCGUCCGAUUCUCCACUGAGGAUGUCAGCUCUCCUUCUCCAGAACGCAAGCCCACAACCUCCACCAUGACCUCAACGCGACCGGGCCGUACCACUUCAGACUGGCUCGGGCUGAAACAAGAUGAAGAUGAAGCGGAACAAAAGGAGGAGCCCAAACAACAGAAGAAGGAGUCCACGGAGGCCUCUGAUAGGCUAAAAACUCUUUCUUCUCCAUCACAUGUUGGAGGAAAUGCAUCUAGGGUGACCUUGAAGCCCACUGAGGAGUUUAGAGCCAGGCCUGACUCUGCAGGAAUUUCCACAACCAUUGCACCCAAAUCAGAGCUUAAAAAGAAAGGGGGUGAGGAGCAGGACGACUGGCUGGCAGGAGCACUAAGUAAGAAGAAAGCACUGGUGGAGGAGAGAGGGAAAAGGCAGGAGGAAUCUCUGGGGCUUGGAGAAGAAAUAGACCUGGAUACAUUCCUCAGCAAUCGCAACAACACCUUGACUCCUCAUAGGACAAAAGAGGACACGCCCCUCCCUCCCAGACAGCCUAGUCGUGAGUCUGUGGUUGUGCCUAGUCGACAACAGAGUCCUGUUCCUGCCCCAGGACUCAGCACAGGAGUUCAACACACACAAGAUCCAGGACAGAAACCUACAGGUGUGAGUGCUGCACCUGUCCAGCAGGUGUCUCUGUCUACAGACAGCCUUCAGCAGCUUCUCCUGCAGCAGCAGCUGACUCAGGGUCAGCUCUGGGGUUUAGGUGCACCGCUGGAGCUGAAUUCCAUCCAGAAACAAAGGAAAGAUGCGGAACAUCACACCACAGACACAACUGCACUACAGACCCGGAUCAUACAGCUGGAGGGACAGGUCCGCAGUCUGCAGCUGGAAAAGGAUCAGGUACAGAUGUUACUGGAUAAUCUUCAACAGAGACACAAACAUGACACAGAGCUUAUGGAGAACACACACAGAACUCGUGUAAAGCUGCUGGAGGAGAGUGCGGUGCAGCGGGAGACGCGGGCCCACAUGGAGAACCAGGAGCUGAUGGAGCGUCUGGAAGCAGUGAUGAAGCUGGCGCAGCAGGAGAGGGCGGAGCUCCAGGAGCAGCACCAGCGCAGGCUGGCACAGAGCCAACAGGAGCGAGACCGGGAUGUGGAGAGACUCCGGGAUCUCCAGAGGAAGUCUAUACUGGAGAUGAAGAAGGAUCAUGAGGAUCAGGUACAGAGACUCAGGCGACUAAAGGACGAGGAGAUUGAUGCAGUGACCAGUGCUACCUCACAGACCAGAUCCCUGACGGCGGUUAUUGAGCAGAUGGAGCAGUUCUCCCUGAGGUUGGGCGAUCUCUCGUCUCGUAUUGCGAGCACUCACGAGAACACGACUCAGGGUCUGGAGCUCGGUGCUCGACAGAGAGACGAGCAACUGCGAGUGCUGCAGGAGCGUCUGACUCAGCAGCAGAGGGACAUGGCAGAGGAGAGAACCCGACUCAAAGAGGUCAUAGCUAAGAUGGACACACAGCUGGCUGAACAGCAGAGACAGCUACAGCAGGAGCGCUGGCGGGUCACGGCAGAGCAGGCUAAAGCGGAGUCGGCGUUACGAGGCCUGGAGGAGGAGAGACGCACCAUGACUCAACACUUCAGCAUAGAGAGAGAGGAGCUGGAGAGGGCCAAGAGCGCUCUGUUGGAGGAGCAGCAGUCGGUGAUGCAGCGCUGUGCAGAGGAGAGGAGGAAACUGGCCGCAGAUUGGACCCACUUCCAUACUCAGGACAAACUGCGCAAGGAGAGAGAGAUAGACCGAGAGGGACACAUCAUCAGCAUGGCACAGGAGCAGGCUGAGCUGAAGCUCCGAGCAGGAGAGCUGAAGCAGAAAGAGGAGGCCUUACAGAAGGAGAGAGAGAGCCUGGAGAAACUCCGGGGAGAGCUUGAGGUGGAGAGAGAGAGACUCAACACAGCGGCGCUGCAUCUGAAACACAGAGCUCAAGAGGUGGAGAGUCUCAGCAAGCUGGCGUGUGAGCGGUACGAGGAAGGCGAGCGGGCGCUGCAGGAGGCUCGGCAGGUGGAGGCGGGACAUCAGGCUCGUCUGCGCAACAUCCACGCUGAGAUGGAGCGACUGAGGUCGCAGGAGCACAGCCUGCAGCAGGAGAGGAUGAGGAUGACCGAUUAUCACAGAGAGAUGGACAGGAUGAGACCCGGCCCUGCCACUGACCACUUACCCGGCCUUGCUGACCCUUUGCUAACAGGAUUCUACCCAGUUCUCAACAGCACUGCAAUUCCUCAUCCUCCUGCACCCAUAAGGCACUCCAGAUCCAUUUCUCCAAACCAACAGGCCACACUCGCAGUCCUGAGACACACAGCUGAGAAGGACCGGGACUUCCUACAGGAUGAACAGUUCUUCCUGGAUACACUGAAAAACAUGGCCAGCACUUCAACCUUACACACAUGAUCACAGCCCUAACUCAGUUUUUAAUCAUUUUAAUAAAGAAGCUUAACAUUAAUAUCUGGAAUGUUCUUAAAC